GUGCUUACACGCGCUCUCAGAUCUCACUGACUUGAUUUUUACAUUGAAUCCCCACUUUUCUGGUUCGAAAAUCUGCUACGGCUGUUGUUAUAACAAGCACCAACCACAACGACUUUUCUGGUCUUUACUUUCCUUCUUUGUUAUUGCAAAUACGACGCCGUUUGACCAUCUUCUCCGGUGACCGGAAAAUGGUGGAGCCGGUGGAGCUUCCUAGCGACGAGCAUCGCUCGUUACUUUCAGAUUCCAACAAUGGUGACCGGUCGUGGCGGUUGAACUUCGACGGGUUUCAGUUAUCUUCGGAACACACAGAGAAGCAAGUGAAACCCUCUCGUGGUCUCCAUGAUUGCUAUGGGGUUCUUGGUCAAGAAGAUAAUAUUGCUGAGUACUAUCAGCAGCAGGUUGAAGUGCUUGAGGGCUUUAAUGAAAUGGAUGCAUUAGCAGAGCGUGGUUUUAUUCCUGGAAUGUCAAAGGAGGAGCGAGACAAGUUAGCAAGAAAUGAGACGUUUGCCAUCCGAUUGUCGAACGUAGCAAACAUGGUUCUUUUUGCUGCCAAAGUUUAUGCAUCAAUCAGAAGUGGUUCCCUAGCCAUCAUUGCAUCCACUUUAGACUCGCUUCUUGACCUCCUUUCUGGAUUCAUCCUCUGGUUCACUGCAUUUUCCAUGCAAACACCAAACCCAUAUCAGUACCCUAUUGGAAAGAAAAGGAUGCAACCGUUGGGAAUUCUUGUUUUUGCCUCUGUCAUGGCUACACUGGGGCUGCAAAUAAUCUUAGAGUCUAUCCGCACGUUAAUAUACACUGAAAAUGCAUUCAACUUGACCAGGGAACAAGAGCGCUGGGUCGUGGGUAUUAUGCUUUCUGUGACUGUGGUGAAAUUCCUGCUGAUGAUUUAUUGCCGCUCUUUUACUAAUGAGAUUAUUAAAGCCUAUGCCCAGGAUCACUUUUUUGAUGUGAUCACUAAUAUCAUUGGUCUUAUUGCUGCACUUCUGGCAAAUUAUGUUGAUGAUUGGAUGGAUCCUGUUGGUGCUAUCAUUCUGGCUUUAUACACCAUUCGCACUUGGUCAAUGACGGUGUUGGAAAAUGUGAAUUCCUUGGUGGGAAGAUCAGCAGCACCAGAGUAUCUUCAGAAGCUUACAUACCUAUGCUGGAACCACCACAAGGCUGUAAGGCACAUUGAUACCGUCCGGGCAUAUACAUUUGGGUCUCACUACUUCGUUGAGGUUGAUAUUGUCCUGCCAGCAGAUAUGCCCUUGCAAGAGGCUCAUGAUAUUGGAGAAUCAUUGCAAGAGAAGCUUGAGCUUUUACCCGAGAUUGAGCGUGCAUUUGUUCAUCUUGAUUAUGAGUACAGUCACAAACCUGAGCAUGCUCAAGCACACUCUUAGUAGCCAUAAGGAAAAGCAAUGCCUUGUUUAUUUCAUUUGCCCUUUCAUGUCCAAUCAGUUGUAAAUCUGAACCAUUUCUGGCAGUUCAGAAUAUGCAAUCGAGUUUGAAUGCAAGUCAUUGAGAAGUUGCUAACUCUCAAUCCCAACUUGCUGGCAGCUUUGGUAAUAUUCCCAAAUGUAAACUGCGAUAGGCUGAUCAGGCAAAGACCCUCCAGGUUCCAUCUAGGAGAAAUAGAAUCUUGCUACUCUCUUUCAACGUUUUCUUGUACAGUACACCCUUUCUACCUUAAUUAAGGAUUUAAGGUGAUGUUUGCUGGACUUGUUAUUAAUGCUGACUUGCAGUAAGCUCUUUUUAGCUUAUUUUCAGAAAUUUUGUGGUCAAAAUGUUGAUAUAAGUUGAAUUAGGUUGUAUUUUUAAACGCACUUAAUUAUGGUAAUACAAAAGUUUAAAGUAUUUUUUU